AGAAUGGCACUUGUAGGUAGAAUCUCCCGUCAACUCUUCCCAAGACUCUACCCUGUUGUCAGCUCCUCAGCCAGAAACAUCUCCUUCAACCUGAAUGAUCAGCAGACCGAAAUACUAGAAACUACAAGAAAGUUCACUCUGGACGAGGUAGUUCCUACAGCUGCCCACUAUGACGAGACCGGGGAUUAUCCCUGGGAAGUGCUACAGAAAGCUUUUGAUCUAGGCCUCAUGAAUACCACUAUAUCUGAGGACUAUGGAGGCUUGGGUUUGUCCCUAUUGGAAGCUUGUAUCGUACAAGAAGAGAUCGGGUUCGGAUGUACUGGUAUUGCAACCGCUCUCGGUGGAAACAGUCUAGCUGAGUCGCCAGUUAUAAUAGCAGGUAGCCACGAGUUGAAGAAGAAGUACCUGGGAAGAAUGACGGAGGAACUGCUAGUUGCAGCGUACGGUGUGACCGAGCCUUCUGCAGGGUCUGAUGUUGCUUCUACGAGAACUAGCUCUAGAAAAAUUGGUGAUGAUUACGUAAUAAACGGAAGUAAAAUGUGGAUAACCAACUGUGGACACGCGAACUGGUUCUUUGUCUUCACUCGAUCGGACCCCGACCCAAAGUGCCCGGCUGCUAAAGCUUUCACGGCUUUUGUUGUGGACGCAGACUCACCAGGAGUCACUGUCGGGAGGAAGGAAUGGAAUAUGGGACAACGAGCAUCAGACACCAGAGGUGUAACAUUUGACGAGGUGGUAGUCCCAGCUGACAAUGUUGUAGGGGAGCCGGGAGGUGGCUUUAAGGUUGCUAUGAAGUGCUUCGAUAAGACCAGGCCUACUGUUGGUGCUAUGAGUCUGGGGUUGGCUAGGAGGGCACUAGAUGAGGCUACAAAAUACUCGAUGGAGCGUAAGACGAUGGGCAAGCAGAUAUUCAAGCACCAAGCAGUUCUCUUUAUGUUAUCUGACAUGGCUAUGAGAUACGAACUGGCUAAACUUGCUGUUUGGAGAUCGUGUGCCGAUUAUGAUGAGGGACGCAGAAACACUUACUACGCCUCUAUCGGUAAACUGUACGGCGCUAUCGCCGCUAACAAAAACGCAAGCGAUUCAGUGCAGGUGUUCGGUGGGAACGGCUACAACAAGGAUUAUCCAGUAGAAAAGCUUAUGAGGGACGCAAAGAUCUUCCAGAUCUACGAGGGAACGGAUCAGAUUCAAAAACUUAUCAUCGGCCGAGAGCACAUGACCAAAUACUUUUAAAUAAGUACUUUUUACGAAACUUAAAAGCAGACAUUGCAUUUUUGUUUCGAUUCAAAACUAUAAACUGUCUUAAUUAAAAACUACUGACCCUAUUUAUUACAUAACUUUCAUCGAUUCUUAUGAUUUGUUGUACAGCAUGUUUCUAUUGCUUGAAUUUUAUUCAGAGUAUAUUAGCCGUCCCUUAUUUUUAAUGAGUAGGGCUCUUUUGAUUAAAUUAACUGUAUCGAUUUACUAACUUUGAUUUUUCAAUUGUGCAUCUAUGAAUUAAGAUUGUUACCUAGUGCCCAUUAAUGAAUAAUUGUUUUGUAUUUUUGUUUAACACUGAUUAGUAAAAUAUUUCAAACAUGCGAUUUUCGAUUGUCCGUUAUUAUGUUUUGCUCCGUUUACAAAUUACAUCAAAUUUUAAGAUAACGACCGGUACUUUCACUGGCGUUUGAUAUUAAGAACGUGACUGUUGCGUCAGAUAAACUGGUAAUACAAUCGAAUUAUGUAGCUGAAUACAGGAUACUAGAGUGGGUCAGUUGGACUUUCUGUACCAAAGUCCUUCUUUGACUGUAAUAUCUGUGAGCCGCCAGACAUAAUUGUAUGGUAGCACACCAUUUUUUAGCGCACGCCGACAUACCACGCGCGCGCGUGGGAACUUCUUGUUCACGAAUAAAUCGAGUAUAUAUAUUGUAUGCAAGUAUUGUAUAUUACUUUGUGUGCGAU